AUGGCGGGAAGGGGAAGCGAUCCGCAGAAACAACUGUUGAGCUUGAUCCGGAAUUUCGCGGCUGAGAAAUCUCAAGGAGAACGAAGAGUAGUGACUCUGAAAAAGCAAAUCGCGAAGCUCACAUUGGAACUCAGCGAGGCCUAUGCGGAGCUGGAAAAGGCCAAGCGCUGCAAAGAAAUGCUCGAACAGGAUCUCAAAGGCUUCGAAGUUCAAUUGAUGAUGAGUGAAGCUUCCAAUCAAACGCUUGAGGCAAGGGUAUCUCUAAUUCAAGACCACAUCUCUGCCAUCGGAUCUGAUGUGGAAACGCUCAAGGUACUCACUCAUUCUCACCAAGCAGCUUUGCGUGAGGAAUUCUUCCACAAUAUGCUUCUUAUGAAUAGCAAGAUAAGGAAAUUUCAAGAGAGCAUCAUUGAUGCAGUAGAUAGCACUGCUUCUAGAGAUGACUCACAAAUAAUAAUAAAAGAGAGCGAUGCUGAAGGUGCUUUAUGUGCCCUUGAAAGUACACUGUUAGAGGUAACAUCUCAAAUUGCUAAAGAAAAUGAGGAAUACCAAGCAGAACAAAACAUUUAUAAGAAUGUUCAGCAGCAAUUGAUUGAUUGUGAAAGAAAGGUGGCUGUAAUGAGCAUGAUAGUCAUGGAAACAAAAGAAUUGCAGGAUCUGACCAUAUAUCCUUACAAAUUAAUUCUAGUGUUCAAUAUGUAUAGUAUCCGUACAGGUACAUCAUCACAGCAAAACUCUUAA